UUGUUUUGAGCAUGCGUUGAAAUGCCACAGUGCCCCUGUGUGUGUGUAUGUCCCUGUGUUGCUAUAUAACAGAGCGUGAAAAUCCGUUCCACUCGCCUUUUUCUCAUCAUAUGUAAGCCCGUUUUGUCAAAAGACUCCUUCCUGUCGAAGAUGUUUGCUCAGAGAAAGUCGCUGUUUCUGUACUGACCCUCAGUGAAGCACGACAGAACACAAGGGGAAAUUACAGAAGAGGAGGACGACGGUUUUUUUCUUCCCUGAAAGUUUAACCCCUCCUACACAGAUGCGUCCGGCCGACCAGAUUGGUGGGAGUGAUGUGUGAACUAGAUGAUCUGGCUGGCCAAUCCGUGGAGCAUGAGUGUGUGCUGACAGGCAGAGAAGCAGUGUUUCUACCCGAGCGUGAGAGGGAGCGGAGGAGAGGAACAGAGCCAGAGGAAGGAAUAGGAAUGGGUGUUGGUAGAAACACUACCUCCAAAUCCAUGGAGUCCACCGCAGAGCCUGGCAAAUAUGAAGAGGAGAACAAACACAGUGCACACUUCUAUCCCAUCCCUGUGGUUAACGGUGCCGUGCAAACCCCUGGAGAUCAAGACGCAGAGGACACGCAACUUAUGGCCAUUUACGCAAAAGACAGCCAGAAUGAAGACAAGUGCUCCAUGUCAGACACUGUGGACAGUGCAGACAGCACAGAUGCCAAGAGAAUGGACAUGAUAUACACCAUAGAGGACACACCACCUUGGUACCUGUGUGUGUUCCUGGGUUUACAGCACUACCUAACCUGCUUCAGUGGAACUAUCGCUGUUCCCUUCCUGCUGGCUGAAGCCAUGUGUGUGGGUCAUGAUCAAUGGGCAACCAGUCAGCUGAUUGGCACCAUUUUCUUUUGCGUGGGCAUCACCACCCUGCUGCAGACUACCUUUGGCUGCCGGCUUCCAUUGUUCCAAGCUAGUGCUUUUGCAUUUCUCGCCCCAUCAAGAGCCAUCCUUUCACUGGAUAAGUGGAAAUGUAACACAACAGGUUUUGCUGUAUUAAAUGCCACAGAGCUGCCUCACACAGAAGACAUCUGGUACCCCAGGAUACGAGAGAUCCAGGGUGCUAUAAUAGUCUCAUCUCUAAUCGAGGUGGUCAUAGGGGCCUUGGGUUUGCCAGGUGUCCUGUUGAAGUACAUCGGGCCGCUCACCAUCACACCUACUGUCACCCUCAUCGGACUCUCCGGCUUCCGGGCUGCUGGAGAGAGGGCAGGCAAACACUGGGGCAUUGCCAUGCUAACCAUAUUCCUGGUCCUGCUGUUUUCUCAGUAUGCUCGUAACAUCCAGUUGCCGCUCCCUAUCUACAAAUCUAAAAAAGGCUGGACGUCUUACCGUUUCCAGCUGUUCAAGAUGUUCCCAAUCAUCAUGGCUAUCCUUGUGUCAUGGUUUCUGUGUUUCAUCUUCACGGUAACUGACGUGUUUCCUCCUGAGAAGGGCAAAUAUGGGUUCUACGCCCGAACAGAUGCUCGACAGGGCAUCCUGGCAGCCGCUCCCUGGUUUAAAAUACCUUACCCCUUCCAGUGGGGGUUGCCUACAGUGUCAGCCGCAGGGGUAAUUGGGAUGCUGAGUGCUGUGGUUGCCAGUAUCAUAGAGUCCAUUGGAGACUAUUACGCCUGUGCCCGUCUCUCCUGUGCCCCUCCUCCACCUAUACAUGCCAUUAACAGAGGGAUCUUUAUGGAGGGCAUUUCCUGUGUCCUUGAUGGCGUUUUUGGGACAGGAAAUGGCUCCACAUCUUCUAGCCCAAACAUCGGAGUGCUGGGCAUCACAAAAGUGGGCAGCAGGCGGGUUAUUCAGUAUGGUGCAGCACUGAUGCUACUGCUAGGUAUGGUGGGUAAAUUCAGUGCUCUAUUCGCAUCAUUGCCGGACCCAGUUCUGGGAGCGCUGUUCUGCACGCUAUUCGGCAUGAUCACUGCCGUCGGCCUUUCCAACCUGCAGUUUGUGGAUCUCAACUCGUCCCGCAACCUGUUUGUCCUUGGCUUCUCCAUCUUCUUCGGCCUGGUGUUGCCCAGCUACCUCAAAGAAAACCCCCUCGUCACUGGUAUAGUGCAGAUAGAUCAGGUGCUGAACGUUCUGCUUACAACUGCCAUGUUUGUUGGAGGAUCUGUGGCGUUUGUGCUGGAUAAUACUAUUCCUGGCUCCCUGGAGGAAAGGGGCAUCCGUAAAAUGAAUCGUGCAAGCAGCACAUCUAAACGGGAAAGAAUGGAGUCUUACGACCUUCCUUUUGGUAUGGACUUCCUGCGGCGCCAUCGCAUUUUCAAGUACAUACCAAUCAGCCCCACUUUCGCCGGCUACCAAUGGAGCAUCUUCACCCGCAACUGCCAUGAACGCCACGACAGGAGAGAGGACGAUAUGCCAACAAAGCCAGAACUGGGAGAAAGUGGGGUAUAGUGUUUAGCACCGGUAGGUUUUUAGGCGGUCGCCACAAAGCUUCAUUCCACCCAGGCAGUGAAUAGUCCAGUCGCUUAAUUAACAGCCAGCUAUAAACUCGUCUCAUCCAACAAUCCUUUGAAAACUCUACCCUUUUUGAUUCACUCAUCAAGUUUGUCAUCAACACUAAAGUUGGUUUCUAUAUGUUAAUACGGCUGCUGAAAACUCUUAAAGCGCAGCAGCUUUGGAGCUCAUCUGAAGGUGUCUCCAUGACAACAGCGAGUGGAUGCAAUGCAGGGUGUCCUUGUUCAUCUCUUUCAGUGUGGGAGGAUAUGACAACAGAGACUUGAUGGAUGGAAAAUCUACCAAAUUUCCAAUAUCAGUGUUCCUUUUUUGUCUGACCUGCACCGCUCCGUCUGCACAAAGCAUCGAUAGAUAAUGGAUGUGUUUGAAAUUAGACAAUGUACUAAUGAGUGCCUGCGUGCACGCAGUGGCCGCUGUCACACAAAUUCACAUUCACAAUACACACAAACAUGCCCAUACUCGCUUUAUGCAUGGCACUGUUCUGGAUCCCGUUAAAGCGAGUGGAGCUAGUAGUGAUGCAAGGUUAUCGUGCUUUAUGUUUGAAUUGCACUGCUUGAAUUAACGCACACAAUGUAGUUAGCUUGUUCCUAAUUUAACUUCCAGUGUCUGAGUCUUGCUUCCAAAUGUGCAAGUCCCAAUGCCUUAAAUGUAAGGAAAAAGAUUCAGUCAUACAAAUUUACGUUUUAGCCUUGUCAUUAUUAGUUAGCUGCUAUUUUGAUAAAUAGUUAACGUUGAAGGGGGCGUUUCUUUUAAUAAAUGCUGUUCUUUGCCGCCUCGAAAUUAAAGUGAUUGCGAGUUUCAGAGGUGUACACUAGGCAGAUAGCUAUGCAGUAGGUAAAAUGACACGAAAGACGAAUGUAAAGU